UCAUCAUCAUCUGUGGCAAGAGGCGGCUUGUUCGUAUCGUAGCAGGCGCUGUAUCUGCACUGUUUCAGCAGAACCGUAAAUAGAUGAUCGUUGCUGAGUAAGAAAAAGAUGGAGAGAUUCCAAAAGAUGGACAGUAGUUCCCAACCACCAGCUGAGGCCGCUUCACGAGUGGAGCAAGAGAAACAGGUGAGAGCCUGGCUUCGCAAAAUGCUCAAGAAAGACGUCACCCGCAGAAUGAACGAAAAAGCGUUCAUCGCUUUGCGCAAGCUUAUGACUCUUCAAGAAGCUGCAGAAGCGGACGCACUUCACCAAAUUGAAGUUUUGAAAGCAAGGUCCAAGUUUUUCAACGAGAAAGCUGAAAACAUAGAAGCUGGUCUCCGAGCUGGAAAACUGGCACCGGACCAAUUGCCCGAAGAAGUACGCAGCAAAAUAAAGCAUAUGGCCCACCUAGCAACCCUUCUGGACUGUCAUGAUAUGGAUUUUGAAAGCGCUAUAGAAAAGUAUGAAGGACUUUGCCAGCAACGUGAAGGAACUGCGGGUCAAGCAAUCCAAGCUGCAAGCCGAUGUUGAAAAUCUCAAACAGCUCACCCAUACGAUGGAGCAGCACUUGUUAGAUGUGGCCAACAAAGACUUGCAUACAACAGCAGCGGAUGAGAAUAGGAAACUUGAAAAGUGGCAAAGACACGAGAUGAGGUACAGGUCAAGAGUGACCCAGCUAAAGGAACAUCCAGACUACAGCAAAAAAUUGGAAGAGCUAACCAACAUGUUUUCCAUCUCCAAGAAACUCCACGGACUUGAGCUACAGUUAAAGGACGUUGAAAACGAGCUGCCCACACUUGACCUGCCAGCGGAUGAGGACGCCAUCAAGAUUGCACUUGAUUCUGUGACAAAGCGUUGUGAACAAUUGGAAGAGGCCUUUUCAAAGAACUUAGCAAAACAGCGAGCUGAACAGUCAGAAGAAAAUGCAGCAGCGUCAUCAUCAAAAUAAUAAAAGCAUCUGUCUUCUACAA